UAGAAUGAAGCCUUAUGUGUCUUGGCUGGCCUUGAUCGUCUUGGUAUUUUGGCAGGAUGGAAUGGCACAGCUCCUCGAUGGAAACUGUAUCGUUUCCUUGCGCUUUAGGAUAGCUGGUGGACAUAAUACUCCCCAGGGGACCACUCCUUGGAUGGCCUUGAUAAGCAACGCAACUCAUCAUGAUUUAUGCGGCGGCACUCUUAUUCACUCACGCUUCAUCUUGACCGCCGCCCACUGUAUUAAAGAUAAUAAACAAUUAUUCGUGAGAUUGGGACUAUACGACCGAUCUUGCCCGGCAUCUCGUUGCACAGAAGUAGCUAACUUUAAUGUGAUCAAGAGCAUAAGUCAUCCCCAAUUUGACUUUUUAUAUUUUAAGAACGAUAUAGGUAUUUUGAAGCUGGACAGACAAGUGGUGUACAACGCCCGAAUCCGUCCGAUAUGCAUUUUCUUGGGUGACGAAUUUAACUCGUUGUCUAUCCAUAAUUUCUCUGCCUACGGCUGGGGAGAAACAAAUAGGGGAUCACUCAGCUCGGUCCUUCAGACCAUUCAUCUUUCCCGCCGUGAAGGCAAAUGUGAUUUUAUAGACUUAGACUCUGAAACGCAAAUUUGCGCUGGCGACGAUAAAGGCGACACUUGCACAGGUGAUUCAGGUGGUCCUUUGGUUGCCAAUAUCACAUACGGAAGAUAUGUCCAUCGCACACAAAUUGGGAUCGACAGCUUCGGCAGCACAUAUUGCAAUUCUAAUGGCGUCUACACGAAUGUUUGGAGCUUCAGACAGUGGAUUAAAGACACCAUUUGGGAGGAGAGUUUGUUGGAUAAGGAUUGCAGCGACACUCGCCUGAAAUCUGGAUCCAUCCGUCAGCCCUGGGCAGUAUAUAUACUUCCGAGCUAUGCUAAGGGUGCCCUCAUCACAAAACGGUUUGUGCUUACUGUUGCAAUUAAUUUGCCCGCAGAUAUCCAGAAAAUUAAAGUUGCGGCGCUAGGCGGUGAAACAUUUUCCGUUGUAUCAGUACACAACCAUCCCCAGUUCACAGACGACAGGAUUUUAACAAAUAAUAUAGCUUUGCUCAAACUUGAUAAAAGUGUGCAAAGUUCUGACUUUUUUGCACCGAUAUGCUUUAGCUCACGUCUUCAAAAGUCGGUAAACACAUUAACUUUCCUUACCGUAUUUAUCCGUUCUUGGGAAUAUCUUGGCCUUAAACAAGAGAACGCAACGAUCGUUGAUCGUAAGACCUGCGGUAUCACGAUUCAAAUGACAGUAGAGGAUAACCAAAUCUGUGUCAAUAAAACCUCCGCCGAUUUCAAUUCAAAUGGUGAAAUUUUUGGUGUCGAUGACAGGUUGAACCACAAGUUCAUUCUCCACGGCAUUAAGAGCUUCCACAAGAAUGGUGUGGUCAUCCUUACAAAUAUACAAAGUUACGCCGAUUGGAUAAGGAAAAUCGUGGAUGUUAAUUAAGAAAAUAAGUAUUGUUAUACCUUAUUACUCUUUUUUUAAAUUAAAAAU